CCCUCUGUGGCUGUCAAAGCUUGGUGCCUGCUCAUCGCUAAUCAGGCAAUGAAGACCGGCCGGUUCUGAGGGAGCCUUCUGCUGGUGAGCAAAUAUAGCCAAAAAAGCAACAGAGAAGUCACAGAAUGCCUUGCCCGGCUCACAAAAUGCCAAGGAAGAGGAAGCCACGGGCAACCUGCUUUCUCUCAAUCAGUCUCACCAACUAGAUAAGGGGGAACAUGGAUCUGGCGAGAGUUUUCUUUAUCAGAUGUACCUUUAGCCAGGGUUUUUCCUUAUCUCUGGAAUAGAAGAAAAUGCCUGCGUGUGCCAGUACUCUGCCCCAUGAAACAUUUGGAUAGCACAGGGCAAGAGGAGGUAGGAUCAGGGGCAGCUGGAUUCAAGCAAGGGACAAGAGGGAGACAUCCAUGCUGAAGGGUAGCCAUCGUAUCCAAGAGUCAUAAGACAGGAGGAAAGAGAAGCAGGUACUGCCCUGCUCUACCAGGCACCACGAUGGAAACCCUGCAGAGUGAGAUGGAAAAUCUGUCUUGCAAGGAAGAUGUCUCGAUCCAGAACAGUGUAUUCUUCUCUGAAAGUGACAACAGUCUAUAUUUCACAUACAGUGGACAGUCCAACACCCUAGAGAUCAGGGACCUCAACUACCAGGUUAACAGAGCCUCCCAAGUGCCGUGGUAUGAGCAACUUACUGAGUUCAGAAUGCCUUGUCUGUGGAACCGAGGUCAGGAUUUUCCUGUGCCUGUGAUCCAAAAUCUGAAUCUGAAAGUGAGGAGCGGGCAGAUGCUGGCUAUCAUGGGGAGCUCAGGUUAUGGAAAGUCCUCCCUGCUGGAUGUGAUUACUUGCAGAGAACAUGGAGGCAAAAUUAAGUCGGGCCAAAUUCUAAUUAAUGGUCAGCCCAGCACACCCCAGCUGGUGAAGAAGUGCAUCGCCCAUGUGCGGCAGCACGACCAGCUUCUCCCCAACUUGACUGUCUGGGAGACCUUAUCAUUUGUGGCACAGCUGCGCCUACCAAGAACCUCCUCAGAUGCCCAGCGCAAAAUGAGGGUAGAAGACGUGAUAGCUGAGCUCCGACUGCGACAGUGUGCCAACACGCGCGUGGGGAAUGAGUAUGUGAGGGGAGUGUCAGGUGGUGAGAGGAGACGAGUCAGCAUCGGCGUGCAGUUACUAUGGAAUCCUGGAAUUUUAAUAUUGGAUGAGCCUACUUCGGGCUUAGACAGCUUUACAUCCCACAACCUUGUGAAAACUUUAUCCAGGCUGGCAAAAGGCAACAGAUUAGUGCUAAUAUCUCUUCAUCAGCCUCGCUCAGAUAUCUUCAAGUUGUUUGAUUUGGUCCUUCUGAUGACUUCUGGGACCACCAUCUACUCAGGAACAGCCCGGGACAUGGUGAAAUAUUUCACAGAUAUUGGCUACCCCUGUCCAAGGUAUAGCAAUCCUGCAGAUUUCUAUGUCGAUUUGACCAGCAUUGACAGGCAGGACAGAGAGCAAGAGAUGGCCACCAAAGAGAAGGUCAAGUCCCUCUCUGCCUUGUUCCUGGAGAAAGUUCGAGACUUUGAUGACUUCCUGUGGAAAGCUGCUGAAGAGGAAAGUGUGCCGAGCAUGUCUGAGGAGCCAAGGUCUCAUCUCAUUUCAGACAAGACCAUUAACUUACCAUCACCUUCUGACCACCAGCUACCAGGGACAGUGCAGCAGUUCACCAUUUUAAUUCGUCGACAGAUUUCCAACGACUUCAGAGACCUGCCGACAUUGUUGAUCCAUGGUUUAGAGGCCCUUAUGAUGUCUGUAAUAAUUGGAUUUCUGUAUUAUGGCUAUGGAGAAAUCCAACGCUCCUUCAUGGACACGGCUGCUCUCUUGUUCAUGAGUGGGGCUCUGAUUCCUUUCCCAGUAAUUCUGCAUGUUAUUGCAAAAUGUCACUCUGAAAGGGCGAUGCUUCAUCAUGAACUUGAAGAUGGAAUGUAUUCUGCUGGCCCCUAUUUCUUUGCUAAGAUUUUAGGAGAGCUUCCAGAGCACUGUGUUUAUGUGGUCAUUUAUGGGAUUCCGAUCUAUUGGCUGGCCAAUCUCCGGCCGGAGCCAGAACACUUCAUCCUGAGCUUCUUGAUGAUCUGGCUGGUGGUCUACUGCAGUCGGACCAUGGCGCUGUGGUGUGCGGCCACUCUGCCAACUCUCCACAUGUCAUACUUCAUGGUCAACGCUCUGUUCAACUCAUUUUACCUAGCCGGGGGCUUCAUAAUUAGCUUAGACAACCUAUGGACAGUACCAGCUUGGAUUUCCAAAGUAUCCUUUCUCCGAUGGUGCUAUGAAGGAUUAAUGCAGAUUCAAUUUAAUGGAGUCACUUACAGAGUGCAGUUUGGAAACAUUACCAUCCCGAUAGCAGGAAAACUUAUACUUGAUGCUCUGGAUCUGAAUUCACAUCCAUUGUAUGCUAGCUAUGUUGUAAUUAUUAGCAUUAGUAUCAGUUUCAUUGUCUUGUACUAUUUGUCCCUACGGUUUAUCAAGCAGAAAUCAAACCAAGAAUGGUGAUUAAAAAAAAAUUGAAUACCUGGAAUGUGGUGUGGACAAGAGCUAUGCCACUAACUCUACCUCUCCACUGAGAAGUCUUUUCCUAAAGCCUCCUAUUGGAUGAAGCCCAGCGACUCACCAUCUAAAGCACUGAUCCUCUGGACCAUAAGAUGAUGCAGUGGUUCUUGCAAGCCACAGGAUGGCAGCAGAAUAAAGACAGUUGAAAGUCAAUUUCAAA